ACAGAAGCCAACGAUGUCUAUCAUGUCUCUGCCCCUCAGGCGGGAACCUCUGGCAUCCUGCAGGCCCCGAACCACACUGGGACUAUCCAAGAAAUAGCAGUCGGUUUGUAUUGCCCAUCUCCAGGCUUCGUGAACAGAGGAGACAUUAUGCCCACGUUCGUACUCUACUUCAGCGAUGUUGGAGAUGGCAGUCGCGUCACGGCAAAGUUCACAGGGUUCGGAACAGUCAAUCUGUUCAGCAACAGCAGUCGAGGCCUGUAUGUUCAAUCGCUACGCAGUGCAGUAUAUACAUGGCUGGCAGCAUCAUCAUGGAAGGACCCGUCUUUCGCCAGCUUGACGAAUUGCAGAUGCUUGAGAUCGAUCCACGGCUCCAGGUCCUCGCUCGUUCGUCCCCUGAAGACAAGAAGAUACUGGUGGAGAAGCUUUAUGCACUCGGGGAGAUCGUUGCCGUCACUGGCGAUAGUCCAAAUGACGGACCUGCUCUCAAAACAGCGCACGUAGGAUUCUCCAUGGGCAUAGCAGGGACAGAAGCAACCAAACAGGCGUCCAACAUCAUUCUGAUGGACGACAACUUCUCUUCCAUCGUCAAGGCAAUCAUGUGGAGUCGUUGCAUGAACGACGCAAUUUGGAAAUUCCUACAGUUCCAGAUCUCCACCAACAUUACUGCUGUGGUGAUCACUUCCGUGACCGCCAUCGCUUCUAGUUCUGAGAGAUUGGCGCUGUCAGCUGUUCAGCUGUUGUGGAUCAAUAUCAUCAUGGACACAUUCACUGCGCUUGCACUUGCCACGGACCCUGCAUCGUUGGCGUUACUCAACUGGACACCUGAUAAGCAGACAGCACCACUUUUCACUGUGAACAUGUACACACAGAUCUUGUUGUAA